CGUUUAUAAAUAUAAUUUAAAAAAAAGCAUUUUCUCACGUUUACAUAUAACAUGGUGUGCUUUAUUACUAGGGUGUGCAUUGGGAUAUUUUAGAAGUUGUAUUUUGUUCUGUUUUGGCCAUAAUUGACCUAAGGAGAAUGCCAUGUACUUUUGCUCCCAUACAAAUAUAUGUAUAUGUUUCUAAAGUAGAAUAUGAAAGAGUAGUAGCCUCCUUAUUUAGAUUUUAUUAAAAACCCACUAACUCAAUUCUCUCCUUCUAAUGCUCUUUUGUUUGUCUUUUGCAGUGUGACAUCUGGUCGCUGGGUAUAACCGCCAUCGAAAUGGCCGAGGGACAAGAACCUUACGCAGGGCAAUACCCAGUGGAGCACCUGAUCAGAGAAGCCCAACCACCGAAGCUUCGAUCAAAGACCUGGUCACAAAGUUUUGUGUCUUUUCUGGAGUCCUGUUUGACGAAGGAUCCUUCUGAGAGAGGAAGUGCUGAAGAACUCCUGCAGCACCCAUUCAUCAAAGAACUGCCCCCUAAGAAGAUCAUCAGGGCUGAGAUUGAAGAACAUCUCCGGGCUCUGCAGAACCGGCCGGCCAAGAAAGGAUUGAAGGGAAAAGCUAUGAAACAGCUGCGUCGAGCUUGUGACUUCUACGCACGCAACACAGCAGAGGAACAAAAAGUGGCUCUGCAAAUGGCCCUGGAGGGCUUUCCCUGUAGCUGAUCUUGUGGCCAGUAACAGCAACAGCCCAGAAUGAAUCUCUUGUGUAAAAUUCUAGGUGAAAGAAACAUCCACAGAGAAAGGUGAAGCAGCUCAACCAGUGGUGACUUUGAGAUUAGUGCAGCUCCACCAGCAGUGUCUGCUCCUCCCCUGAAGCACCAGGAUGAUCAUUUACUAAUGUAACCAGUGGCAUCUAUCUUGAGAUCAUGCAACACCACCAGCAGUCUCAAAUUCAAGGUUCACAUCUCCACCAGUGGUACCUUACAUUUCAACUACUGUACCAUUAUUCUACCCACUGCUUCUAUAUUUCACACAUAUCUAUUUCACACAUAUCUCUUCUUCUUCUACUGUUCCUCCUCCACCAUGUUGGUACACCUUCAGCAUUUGCAGUUCCA